GAAAAAAUUAAAAAGUUUCCUAAUUUUUUCAAUGGCAUUUCUUAUUGUUUGUUUUCCCCAUUAAACAGGCACGAAUCUGCCAUGUGUUGCCAAAUUUCGCAAAGUCUCCAAACUCAUCUGACGAACGCGUCACAGCUCGUGAUGCAUUCAAUACACCGCUUACGUGUGGGACAGAAAAAGUCAAUCUUCAAGAAGGGCAACGUGAGACGGGGAGGUGCAACAGACUUUGAAACCAAUAAAUUGGAAUAGUGUGAUAUAAUGCAGUGUAACAACCCUUGAUAUUAAAAAUAAUACACAUUGAUCUUCAGAUAUCUUGGAUACAACAAUCAUAUUCAAAAAGACCAUUUUAAAGAUGAAAAGUCCUGCAGUAUUUGUUGCAUUACUUUACCAUUUUCCAUAUGUUUUAGAUUCCUGUAUCUCAUUAAAUGUGUCAAUGCGUUGAAUCUUCUUCCCUCACUCCAGAAGACCCCAAAAUACAGUCCAUCACCUCCUCCAUCUAGGACCACGACCCCCAAAGGGCACCCCACACUUUUCCAGUUGAGGACUAGCGUCUCAGAUUUGGAAAUGCUGGAUCUGAUGCUAAUGUAAACUAAAAUAGAUCUAAAAUAUAAGUAAACAAAGGAGGUCCAUAAUUUUAAAAAUGGCAUUUCCAGACUUGGUUUUAUAGCUUUGCGCUGAGCUGCUCGUGAUGAAAGCUCAUGCAUUAAAAAAAAAAACGCAGUCAACGUCGCUACGCGUUUUCUUUUGAUGGAUUCUCCCGGAAAUCCGGAUUGAACGGAGGAAAUUGACAGCGUUAGUAGGAAUGGCCGCUAUGGUCACUAGAGGAAGGAACCCGAAGAGCCCGAAACUUUACUUCCAACGGGCCCGCUGAGGAUUUGAACUCUGACGAAACGCACGAACCCCUUUCUUGCAGUGGACGAAAGACGGCGUCUUUUGACGUGAUAUACUUAGGAUCGGCUCGCAUGCUUGGCUCGCCGUUACAAGUGUCGCCGAGUUAGAUUGAAUGUAGCCGCUAGCCAGCUGUUGGCUCCCUUGCUUGGCUGGCCCAACAAGUUAACUAAGUGAAUAACUGCAUUAAAGCAUUCGCCGAUCACCGUUAAAUGGUGAUCGCCGAUCGUAGCAACAACUAGUAUUUGGCGACAGUAGAGAGAGAAGCGUCGCGGGGUACCAGAUUGUCAUUGCGAUUUGAGAAUAUAAUUAGUGCUAAUCUUAACGCUAGCUCCAAAGCUAGCUAAGUUGUGAUCCUGAAGUAUCGCCCAUUUUCGGAUCCUGCCCCAGCUACUGGCUUGGGGUCUAAUCGACAGCUCGUCAGUCUGCUUUUAAGGUGGCAUCUGUAGUACGAUGGAAAGUCUAACGUUGAGUGAUGUCGAGCAGAAAUAUUACUCCGAUUUGUUCGUUUACUGCGACACGGACAACACUAAAAAAGUGGCUUCUUACGGGAGAGUUCUUGACCUUUUCAGGGCGGCCCAGCUUCCCAGCGAAGUUGUCAUACAGAUCACAGAGUUGUGUGGAGCCACUCGGCUGGGUCACUUUGGACGAAGCCAGUUCUACAUCGCCCUAAAGCUGAUUGCCAUCGCCCAGUCAGGCCUGCCGCUCAGGGUAGAAAGCCUCAACUCAGUAAAGGACCUGCCACUGCCCAGGUUUGUGGUGGGGAAGAAUGAGGCGGAGGCGAGACACGUGGCGCUUUACCAGGACCCGGACAGUCAGGGGUUGUACCCCGCCUCCGCAGCUGCGUUAAUACCAAGACCUCCAGGCAGGGGUCACCCAAACAAGAAGGUCCCCCCCUCAGCUAGCGCCCAUCCUCUCCACGAGGCAGUUCAGCCCACAGCACCGAGCGUAGAAACACAGCAGGCAGAACCGACAUCCCCCGUGGUCUCCCCUCAUCAGUCCCCACCCUCCUCCCCGCCUUCCUGGAGGAAACACAAACGGCAGCACAGUGGCGGAAACGCAGACAGACAACCGGUGGCGGCACCGACUGGAGUCGUGUGGACGCAAUUCCGGGAGCAACAAACUGCUCCUGUGUCAGGUGACGGAUUGUGGUCAUCGCACUCACCCCCUCUUCCGGGUCAAGAAAGUUGGGUCAGUUUCACAGCUGAUACGCCGCCAUCAAGCACAGUCCCCGGAGCGCACCCCUCGUCCGUACAGGAAAGCACAACGAUACGAACAACGAUGGCCCCGGCAGCAGCAGCAGCAACUACUACUGAGGUCCAGCGACAGUCCAGUGGCUAUGAUGAUCCCUGGAAGAUCACUGACGAACAGAGACAGUAUUAUAUAAACCAGUUCAAAACCAUUCAGCCCGACCUGACUGGUUUCAUACCAGGUUCAGCAGCAAAAGAGUUCUUCACCAAGUCCAAAUUGCCCAUUUUAGAGCUGUCGCAUAUUUGGGAGCUCUCCGACUUCGACAAAGACGGCGCGCUAACCCUGGAUGAAUUCUGUGCCGCAUUUCACUUGGUAGUAGCCCGGAAGAAUGGCUACGACCUCCCCGAGAAGCUGCCCGAGAGCUUAAUGCCAAAGCUGAUUGACCUCGAUGACUCAGCAGGUUGGCGGCCUCACACCUACACGUUUUUAUCACACGCAGAAGUGCCGGAGCCAACCGCUGACGUCGGGUUCUCGGCCUCCCCCGCGGAGGUGACGCCCAACAAGUCCCCCUCCAUGCCCUCGCUCAACCAGGCUUGGCCGGAGAUGAACCAGAGCAAUGAGCAAUGGGAGACGUUUAGCGAGCGCUCCUCCAGCUCACAAACUCUGACCCAAUUUGACUCUAACAUUGCACCAGCUGACCCUGACACAGCCAUCGUCCACCCUGUUCCCAUCCGGAUGACCCCCAGUAAGAUCCACAUGCAGGAGAUGGAGCUCAAGAGGACUAGCAGCGAUCACAAUCAUCCGACCAGUCCAAUACUGGCCAAACCACCAGAAGUGUCUGAAGAAGUCAAACUACCGGUACCUGCCACCAUGAAGUUUGUACCAGCAAAUGCCGUAGGUGAUGGUUACAGCAGUUCUGAUUCGUUCACCUCUGACCAGGAGCCAGUGGCAAGACAAAGGUCUCAGUCGGGCGCAUCUCCAGAAGCUCUGAAAGUGGUGGCGCCGCCUCCACCUCCCCCCCGGCCUCACCCGUCCCACUCCCGCUCCUCGUCGUUGGACAUGAACCGCAACUUCGCCGCAGCGUCAGCCGCCGGACAGCCGCAGCCCGCCGCCAUCGCUUUCCCGCCCGCAGUGCCUCCUCGACCGCUUCCUACACAGUCAUCGGUACCGCACGCGGGACAACGCGCCGAGGCUGAGGGUGCGACGGGAGCGGGGGCCCCGCUCACCACCACGUCCCCCCAGCAGAUCCCGCAGCAACCCAAUUUCGCAGACUUCAGUCAUUUUCAGGCCUUUGCUGCAUCUGAGCAACCUUCGAGCUUGCCGGAGGUCGACAAGCACAGCGAUCCUGGACAGGGGGACAAGUCAUCAGACGGAGCCGGGCCCCUGAGAACAGUCAAGAGUGACGGCCAGGCCGAUGAAAGAACGACCACCGCUGGUCACUCUACCAAGGGUUCAUCUGGCCCUUUAGCUCCUCCUCCCAAGCCUAUUCGUCGCAGGUUGAAGUCUGAGGAUGAGUUGCGGCCCGAGGACGAGCAGCACGGCCCACAGAAGUCCAACAUCAUAGCCGCCGCCAUGGCUACUCAGCCCUCAAUCCCCAGGUCAGUAGGUAAGGACAAAAAGGCAAUACAAGCGUCGAUCAGAAGAAACAAGGAAACAAACACGGUGUUGGCAAGACUAAAUAGUGAACUGCAACAACAGUUGAAGGACCUGCUUGAAGAGAGGAUCUCUUUGGAAGUGCAGCUGGAGCAGCUCAGACCUUUUUCCCACCUUUAACCAUCACCGAUGAGGUGGUUGUAGUUUCUCCAAAGCAAGGCUGCACCCUUGGUGGGAUUCCUCCCCACCCACCAAACCAUCCUUCCUUUCCCCUCCUUCUCAUCCGCAGCGCGCACCUCCUUUAAGGCCACACUUGCUUAUCAGGUGUACAGCGGAGCCAGCCGGGAGCGCCGCGUGGGCGUGAGAGCGCGAGAAGACGACGACAAUGUGGCACUUUUUCAAUUUGCUCCGAAGAGAGAUGAAUCCGUGGCCGACAGCUGAGUUGGGGGAGCGGUGUUGGACAUUUGGCUGCAGCUACGAGUUCUGUCUGAAGAGAUAACUGCUGGCGAAUGAAUGCGCGUGUGAAUGGGGACAUCUGUUUUUGUUCGGUGUCUGUCAACACACCGGUCGACAGUUGAAAGAGUUCUUGAGCCAAAUCUCGGAAGGGAGUUCCGCAUUCAACUCCUGUAAAUAACCGUAACAUCGGAAACUGGUAUUCAAUAUUUUCAAACCGUCUAUGAUCGCAGUCUGUUAAAAAUCACCGCCAUUGAAAAUGGAACAUUUUCGGACUUGUCAUGGCCUCUGGGAAACUCGUGUUGGUGCGCGCUUGUUGGAAUGGAUUCCAAUUUAUGCCAAAUGACUGAAUUACCACUGCUGUCUCCCUUUUAUUUGGUCUUAUUUUCAUCCUUUUCCCUCCCCGUCAUCUCUUUUUUUUAAAUUUUUUUUUUUUAAGCCCCCCUUUGAUUGCAGCUUUCUGUUCCAGUCUCCUUUAACGCAAAAGGAGCGUUGAAGUGAAUUCCAGCUACAUGAGAGGUGGCAUUUAUGAAGGACUCGCGAUGAGAAGUUUUCCUGUCAUUUCCCUUUCGGCACUGGUCCAAGAGUUGAUAUUUCCAGUCAUCUUGCCCGAUGACGUCAGCACUAUGCAAGUUCAGGGGCGAUACGCGGCCACAGCUGUUUGAGCGCAGAAAUAGUAGCGACUGUGUCUUUGUAUCUCGGAUCUUCCAGAACACAAUCUACUGUAAAUGCUACAAGAGGGAAGCGAAUCCACAUCAGUGUUUCUGCACUUUCAGACUAAAUCUGUAUUAGGAAAAAAAAAAUAUAUAUAUAUAUCUUAACAAGACUAGAGACCAGUUACCACAACGUGAAUGAUCCCACUGCACUUUCAAAACCUCCGUCUGGCUUUUACGAGUUACUUCUUUUUCAUCUUUCUUUUAAACUGUCAGAAGUAUUAAAAGGAGAAAAACAAAAGUCAUCAAUCUACUCUAAAUUGUCACUGAGAAAAAGUACGGUUUGUGCCAUCCCAAAAUAGCCUCUUGUUUAGCUGAUUGUUAAUUUUUAUGAUCACUGUGUCUAUGGCCUUAAGUCCCCCUGCCUGAAGUUCAGGUUUCCAUGGUGACUGACUGACCACCUUGUUGCAACAAGGCUCGCCUUCUUUUUUUUUCUUUCUUUGGUUUGUAUGAAUGUGCGUGUGUGUGUUUGUGUGUGUGUUAGCGUGGCCACACCUGGAGCUGAUAGCAUUGAACCCCUUCUUUUAAAAAAACCCAUCAUGGGAUGGAUUAGCGCUUGUCAGAUGAAAAGCACUCGUCGUCCCGAAUGGCAAUCCAGGCAGAAGCAAUCUGUCGGAAACAAAAAACAAAAUCUCCGGUGGGAUUUUGAAUGCUAUUUGCUUCCAGAUCUGUGUUGUACAUUGUAUCUGACACACACACCCCUUUUUUGGAACUUGUGUACAUUUGCAUUCAUUGCUGACUAACAGCGAAAUAAUAUUCUAUUUAAUUCCUUCUCUCUUUGGCUGUGGGAUCCUAGAUGUUCAAACUGCAUGGAUGUACUGUAUCUCUGCAGAGUCGACUAGCAGCUGUGUGGUUUUUACACAAAAAAUAAAAACGGCACAAUAUUUUAAAA